AUGAGUGCUACUGAUACUGUAGCUGAUACUGCCGAAAAUUGGAAUACGAUGCGUCACUUGGAACGUUUCAAAAAAUAUGGAAAAUAUUCCGUGAUUUUCCACUUUCGGUUAAAGUUUUCGUCAAAUUUAUUCGAAAUGAUUCCGGUCAAGUCAAGUAAAAUGUCCUGGAAGUCAAAAAAGAUCUUGAAAUCAUUGAAAUUAAAAUUUAAAAGAGUAUGUUCUCAACGAGAUUAUCAUAAAGUAGAAUCGAUAAUGAGUCAGCAAUAUGAAAUGAGAUUAACUUCCUACUCGGAAAAUCCUUCAUGGAGCAGAAACAUCCGUCUUAAUGCUAAUUUUGCAUUUGCAAUCGUUCAUGAUGCAAUUUUUCAUUUUAAUCGAUUGAUUAAAACUAUUGCACAACAGAUAGUUGCAUAUGAUCCCAACUUUCAACAUCGGCUUAUUUUACUGCUGCUAACAUAUGUUGCUAUUAUAUUACAGUUCGGAGAUAUUUCCUCAAUAGUGAAUAUAAAGUAUGAGUAA